CAGGAAAUUCUGCUAGCUUUCUCCAGAAGGCACCAUUUAAGCAAACUGUUAAACGGAACCACUUCCAAGCUUUCCAGUCCAAUCGCACAUCGUCCGGAAAACCACCACAACAACCGCCUUAUCCUACUCGACAGGUGCAUGCGAUUGGUGACGAACAAGAAGAAGAAUAUACGGAAUUGGUAGAAAUGGUGUCGUCGGCGAGUGAUUCAGAUGAGCUGGUGUGGGCUAAAGUCGGAGGUGUCAUCGUCGAAAUGCAGAUAGAUUCUGGUGUUUAUUCGAAUAUCAUCGACGACAAGACCUGGGGAAUGAUGCUGAGGAAUGGAGUACAGACGUUGACUAGGAAUGAUCAGGCGGACAAAAAGCUCAAGGCAUAUGCACAGAAAGAUUGCCUGGUAGUGAUGGAAAUGUUUGACGCGGAAAUCAUUAUUAAUGAUAGGGACAAAGAAUUAAAAACGAACGCACGUUUUUACGUCGUGAAAGAUGGACCACAGCCUCUGCUAGGCAAGCAAACGGCAAAGCUCCUAGGAGUUUUGAUUACCGGACUUCCUAGCCAACAUGAGCAGAUACGGAGUAUUGGCACUAUGUGUCCAUUCCCCAAGAUCCGUGGUGUAAAGAUCCAUAUUCCAAUCGAUAAAUCUGUCCAGCCAGUUGUUCAACGCUUUCGGCGGCUUCCAUUCGCUACUUUGGAACGUGUGGAAGAUAAGCUCAAGGAACUGCUCACAAAGGACAUAAUUGAAAAGGUGGACGAGCCCAGCCGGUGGGUUUCACCGAUGGUCGUGGUAAUAAAGGACAGCGGGGAAAUUCGAUUGUGUAUCGAUAUGAGGCAGGUGAACAAAGCGGUCUUACGGGAGACGCACCCACUACCAACAAUUGAGGAUGUUCGAUGGAUGCUAAAUGGUGCAGUCUAUUUCACCAGACUUGACAUCAAGGACGCAUUUCAUCAAUUGGAGCUUGACGAAGAAAGUAAACCGCUAACUACUUUCAUCACUCAUAAAGGUAAGAUAAAAAUUAACAGAAAAAGAUAAAAUCUUAGAUCUCGAGGUGCUUUAACUGGGUAUUUUUUUAUUGCUUUAUUUAAAAGUCUCUUCCGUUAUAAGAGACAAGUCUUUGGAAUAUCUUGCGCACCAGAGAUUUUUCAGAAGAUUAUUGAGCAAAUUUUGUCGGAUUGUGGCCAUUCCAUUAAUUUCAUUGACAUAAUCGUUGUGGGCAGAACUGAACAGGAGCAUGAUGAAGCACUUAGGAAAGUAUUGGACAAACUUCGUGUUUACGGGGUUAUGCUCAAUCACGCAAAAUGUGCAUUUAAAUUGACUGAGAUCGACUUCCUCGGCCACAGGUUUAGCAAAAACGGGAUGACUCCUUCACCGAGCAAGAUAGCAGCUCUGCAGAGCUUCCGAGCCCCAACCACCUGUGAGGAAGUCAGAAGUUUUCUCGGUCUCGUUAACUACGUUGGGGCGUUUAUUCCGAACCUUGCCACCAUUUCAUUUCCUCUCAGAGAGCUUACGAAAAACAAAGCUGUUUUUCAAUGAAGUUUGGAAGAACAGAAAGCUUUCGACGAGUUGCUUAAAUCCAUAUGUCAUGUAGACCAACUUGCACAUUUUGAUCCUAAGCUAAAAACCAGAGUUGUUGCGGACGCUUCUCCGGUAGGACUCGGAGCAGUCCUGUUGCAGUUUUUCGAAGGAUCGCCGAGAGUUGUUUCGUAUGCCAGUAAGAGUCUGACUGAAACAGAACGUCGAUAUGCUCAGACGGAGAAGUAGGCUUUGGCCUUAGUAUGGGCAGUUGAACGGUUUCAGAUUUACCUCGUGGGCAUUAGGUUUGAAUUGGAAACCGAUCAUAAACCCCUCGAGGCCAUAUUUUCGCCAGAUUCUUCACCAUGUUUAAGGGUAGAACGUUGGGUACUUAGGCUGCAAGCGUUCAGUUUCGAUGUAGUAUACCGUAAAGGUAAGUCGAACAUUGCCGACCCCCUGUCACGCCUCGCCCAAACAUCAAACGAACCAUUCGAUCCAGAUUGCGAGGUCCACAUACGUAAUGUGCUCGAAUUGGAAGCAGUAGAUAUUGGGGAGUUUGAGAAGGCAUCUUGUGAGGACCCUGAGCUAUGUGAGUUACGUGAGUAUCUGGAUCGAGGAAUGUGGAACUACACUUCCAGUACAAUCAAACCUUAUCAUGCGUUCCGAAAUGAGUUUGGGAAAGUUGGUGAUUUAGUGGUUCGAGGCUCUAGAAUGGUUGUACCUUCGUGUAUGCGACAAAGAUUGCUUCAACUGGCCCAUGAGGGUCACCCAGGUCGAACCAAAAUGCAACAACGGUUGCGACUUUCGUAUUGGUGGCCUCGAAUGAACGAAGACAUUGCUCAUGAAGUAGAUGGUUGCGAAGGCUGUCGACUAGUCAGUCAUCCGGAUAGACCUGAACCAAUGGAAAGACGGAGAAUACCGGAAGCUCCAUGGAUCGACCUUGCCAUAGACUUUCUGGGUCCAUUACCUUCAGGAGAUUAUUUGCUGGUAAUCAUCGAUUACUAUAGCCGAUAUAAAGAAGUAGAAAUACUUCAGAAGAUCACUGCUAAAGAGACGGCGGAUAGACGGGUACAUCGGGAAGCGUGACAGAGAGAGAAGUAUUUGACCACCGUAGAAGACGGUGCGAAAAAAAAGAGAGAUUAGCUGCCACGGCAAGGAAGUGGUGAGAUACCACGACUAGAGAGCGGGCUUGCUGCCACGUCAAGAGAGUGGAAAGUUUGUGCUACCGCGCCUGAGAGCGGAUCGGCACCGCACCAGAAAGCGGAAUUGCUACCACGGCUAAAGAGUGGUUAUUUCGGUUAUUUAUGGUUAUUGCUACCGCAGCGCGAGUGCGGAUUUGAUACGUUGCUACCGCGCCUUGACAGCGGAGAUUGUUUACAUUGUGAGGUGCUUAGAUGAAAUAGAAAUACGAACAGUCGUAGCUAGCUCCGAGAUUUUAUCUGAUUUCGUGUUUUCGAGGUAAAUAAUGUUGAUUUAUUUCGUUUGGUAACGAAACUAAACAGAUUGCUUUCUUCAAAGAUGGAAAAUCGAGUGUUUGCAAACUUGCCGCCGUUUUCGUGCGCAGAUAUACCAUUAACGGAUCGCAGACAAAAGUGGAUAACUUGGAAGCGUGGUUUUGAGAUUUGCCUCCGGGCAUCGAAGAUCAAUGAUGCAACGCAAAAGAAAGAUUUGCUCUUGGCUCACGGUGGUUUUGAAUUGCAAGAGAUAUUUUUCAAUAUUCCGGGUGCAGAUGUUGAUGCUGGCAAGGACACGGACACAGACCCUUACAAAGUUGCCUUGGAGAAAUUGGAUACAUAUUUUGCCCCUCAGCGGCAUGAGGCACAUGAGCGUUAUGUGUUCUGGGCUUUAAAACCAGAGUCUGGCGAAAGUUUGACAAAGUUCUUGAUGAAGACCCAAACGCACGCAUCUAAGUGCAAUUUCGGAAAAACUUCCACCGACAGUUCUGCAAUAGCUGUAGUGGACAAGAUGCUUCAGUUUGUACCUGUUUCGCUCCGUGAAAAACUUUUGCAGGUAACGAAUUUAGACCUGGAAGAAGUUGUCAAGCAGGUGAAUGCAUUUGAAACAUCCCGCUCAGCUAGCGAGCAGAUAAGCGGUCAAUCAAUUUUACCAGUAGUAUGUAAGAAUCCGGAAUUUGUGCAACGCGUUAAGGGACUUUGCAAAUUCUGCGGAAAGAAUCACGUUCCAGGUCAUUGUCCAGCUUGGAAUAAAACGUGUUCCAAUUGCCACAAGCUGGGGCAUUUUCGUGAAGUUUGUUACAGUCGCGUAGGACAAUCAGGAAAUUCUGCUAGCUUUCUCCAGAAGGCACCAUUUAAGCAAACUGUUAAACGGAACCACUUCCAAGCUUUCCAGUCCAAUCGCACAUCGUCCGGAAAACCACCACAACAACCGCCUUAUCCUACUCGACAGGUGCAUGCGAUUGGUGACGAACAAGAAGAAGAAUAUACGGAAUUGGUAGAAAUGGUGUCGUCGGCGAGUGAUUCAGAUGAGCUGGUGUGGGCUAAAGUCGGAGGUGUCAUCGUCGAAAUGCAGAUAGAUUCUGGUGUUUAUUCGAAUAUCAUCGACGACACGACCUGGGGAAUGAUGCUGAGGAAUGGAGUACAGACGUUGACUAGGAAUGAUCAGGCGGACAAAAAGCUCAAGGCAUAUGCACAGAAAGAUUGCCUGAUAGUGAUGGAAAUGUUUGACGCGGAAAUCAUUAUUAAUGAUAGGGACAAAGAAUUAAAAACGAACGCACGUUUUUACGUCGUGAAAGAUGGACCACAGCCUCUGCUAGGCAAGCAAACGGCAAAGCUCCUAGGAGUUUUGAUUACCGGACUUCCUAGCCAACAUGAGCAGAUACGGAGUAUUGGCACUAUGUGUCCAUUCCCCAAGAUCCGUGGUGUAAAGAUCCAUAUUCCAAUCGAUAAAUCUGUCCAGCCAGUUGUUCAACGCUUUCGGCGGCUUCCAUUCGCUACUUUGGAACGUGUGGAAGAUAAGCUCAAGGAACUGCUCACAAAGGACAUAAUUGAAAAGGUGGACGAGCCCAGCCGGUGGGUUUCACCGAUGGUCGUGGUAAUAAAGGACAGCGGGGAAAUUCGAUUGUGUAUCGAUAUGAGGCAGGUGAACAAAGCGGUCUUACGGGAGACGCACCCACUACCAACAAUUGAGGAUGUUCGAUGGAUGCUAAAUGGUGCAGUCUAUUUCACCAGACUUGACAUCAAGGACGCAUUUCAUCAAUUGGAGCUUGACGAAGAAAGUAAACCGCUAACUACUUUCAUCACUCAUAAAGGUAAGAUAAAAAUUAGCAGAAAAAGAUAAAAUCUUAGAUCUCGAGGUGCUUUAACUGGGUAUUUUUUUAUUGCUUUAUUUAAAGGUCUCUUCCGUUAUAAGAGACAAGCCUUUGGAAUAUCUUGCGCACCAGAGAUUUUUCAGAAGAUUAUUGAGCAAAUUUUGUCGGAUUGUGGCCAUUCCAUUAAUUUCAUUGACGAUAUAAUCGUUGUGGGCAGAACUGAACAGGAGCAUGAUGAAGCACUUAGGAAAGUAUUGGACAAACUUCGUGUUUACGGGGUUAUGCUCAAUCACGCAAAAUGUGCAUUUAAAUUGACUGAGAUCGACUUCCUCGGCCACAGGUUUAGCAAAAACGGGAUGACUUCUUCACCGAGCAAGAUAGCAGCUCUGCAGAGCUUCCGAGCCCCAACCACCUGUGAGGAAGUCAGAAGUUUUCUCGGUCUCGUUAACUACGUUGGGGCGUUUAUUCCGAACCUUGCCACCAUUUCAUUUCCUCUCAGAGAGCUUACGAAAAACAAAGCUGUUUUUCAAUGAAGUUUGGAAGAACAGAAAGCUUUUGACGAGUUGCUUAAAUCCAUAUGUCAUGUAGACCAACUUGCACAUUUUGAUCCUAAGCUAAAAACCAGAGUUGUUGCGGACGCUUCUCCGGUAGGACUCGGAGCAGUCCUGUUGCAGUUUUUCGAAGGAUCGCCGAGAGUUGUUUCGUAUGCCAGUAAGAGUCUGACUGAAACAGAACGUCGAUAUGCUCAGACGGAGAAGGAGGCUUUGGCCUUAGUAUGGGCAGUUGAACGGUUUCAGAUUUACCUCGUGGGCAUUAGGUUUGAAUUGGAAACCGAUCAUAAACCCCUCGAGGCCAUAUUUUCGCCAGAUUCUUCACCAUGUUUAAGGGUAGAACGUUGGGUACUUAGGCUGCAAGCGUUCAGUUUCGAUGUAGUAUACCGUAAAGGUAAGUCGAACAUUGCCGACCCCCUGUCACGCCUCGCCCAAACAUCAAACGAACCAUUCGAUCCAGAUUGCGAGGUCUACAUACGUAAUGUGCUCGAAUUGGAAGCAGUAGAUAUUGGGGAGUUUGAGAAGGCAUCUUGUGAGGACCCUGAGCUAUGUGAGUUACGUGAGUAUCUGGAUCGAGGAAUGUGGAACUACACUUCCAGUACAAUCAAAUCUUAUCAUGCGUUCCGAAAUGAGUUUGGGAAAGUUGAUGAUUUAGUGGUUCGAGGCUCUAGAAUGGUUGUACCUUCGUGUAUGCGACAAAGAUUGCUUCAACUGGCCCAUGAGGGUCACCCAGAUCGAACCAAAAUGCAACAACGGUUGCGACUUUCGUAUUGGUGGCCUCGAAUGGACGAAGACAUUGCUCAUGAAGUAGAUGGUUGCGAAGGCUGUCGACUAGUCAGUCAUCCGGAUAGACCUGAACCAAUGGAAAGACGGAGAAUGCCGGAAGCUCCAUGGAUCGACCUUGCCCUAGACUUUCUGGGUCCAUUACCUUCAGGAGAUUAUUUGCUGGUAAUCAUCGAUUACUAUAGCCGAUAUAAAGAAGUAGAAAUACUUCAGAAGAUCACUGCUAAAGAGACGGCGGAUAGACUUGAGAAGAUAUUUGUCAGGCUGGGUUUUCCCAGAACUAUAACAUUGGAUAACGGUCGACAAUUUGUUAGCACGGAAUUCGAUAGUUAUUGCCGGAGUAGACGCAUUCAUCUGAAUAGAACAACGCCAUAUUGGCCUCAAGAGAACGGCCUUGUCGAACGACAAAACCGUUCCUUGAUGAAGCGUCUCAGAAUCAGUCAGAGCCUCAACCGUGAUUGGAAGCAUGACCUUCUCGUCUAUCUGUCGAUGUACUAUUCGACUCCACAUAGCACCACUGGGAAAACCCCAGCUGAACUGCUGUUCGGAAGGAACUUGCGCACUAAAUUGCCAACUUUGGGAGAUUUGAGCACUGAAGCACCACCGACCGAGCAUGGAAUCGCGAUCUGCGUGAAAAGGAGAAGGGUAAGGAUGCAGAGAAUCUUCGUCGUAGAGCAAAACCAUCUAAUCUCGGUGUUGGAGAUGAGGUUCACAUGAAGAACGUCCUUCCAGGGAAUAAACUUACGCCUACAUUCAACCCAUCGGUUAUGACAGUUACUGCGAAGCACGGCUCUCGUGUAACAGUUCAGAAUAACGAAACUGGAAAGUCAUACGACAGGAAUUCCAGUCAUCUAAAACGAGUAGCUAUUAAGAAUGGUGGUCAGGUAGACGAUACCCAAAAGGACCCUCAACAGUCUGACGAGCCGAACCCAGCGAGUAGUCCUAACUCCGUCCUCGGCCAUGGUGCUGACAUGGAUGAUUCAAGUUUGAAUAUUGUGGAUCAGCCAUCCGAUGUACCCGUAACCGAUAAGGAUGAACAGCCGGAUCGAGCCAGAUCACGACGUGAGAUUAAAAAGCCCAAGCGGUUUGAAGAUUGCCUUUUUGAUUAUUGAUUCAUUUUUCUACAUUUAAUUAAGAGGAGAUGUGGUGAUGUUGUCUAUGGUCGGAGAGUCAUAUAUCUAUGUAAGAUCUAGAAGGUGUAAGAUAAUUUGUGCGCUACUAUUCAAGUGUGCCAAAUGGACGAACGGCUGUACAACGUUACGUUGCUGCAAGAGCUUGUCGACAGCCUACCGUCUACUUUAAAAAUGCAAUGGGCUUUCUACCGGAAAGAGAAAGGGUUAGCUACGCUACUAGAUUUCAACGAGUGGCUCGAAAAAAUGGUUGAA